AUGAUUAUCUUGUCCGAUUGCAUUUACUAUGAACCUGCUGUGAAUUGGCUGUUUUUGACACUAGAAUCGCUUGCCAAAGAAAACUGCGAGAUCUUCAUGUCCAUGGAGUAUCGGCCAGAAAAGGUCCCGCUGGUGAAAGAAUUCUUCCAGAAAAUGAAAAACGCAGGCUUCAAAAUGUCGAUCGAAAAAGAAAAUGUUCCAAAAGAACUGCGAUGCGAUGACAUUGACAUUUUUAAAUUUGUUCGAUAA